ACCCACCUCUCAAACACAUCUCCCUCUUGCACUGUGAUUGUUGCUUCCCGUAAGCAUGCACUUGCCGCCCUUUGACUCAGAGUCAGACUCAGCCCUCGAUUGCAACUCAAUCAUAUCCUGGUCCAAGCUGUCCGCUCAAAGAUUGAAAUGAUAUUGUACCCGCAACCACUAGCGCUCUUGGAGACUGUCGUUGCCGUGAAACGGAGUCAGAGACAAUGGCUCGGGAAGCGUGUCCGUGCAAUAUGGAGCGAGCUGUCGCCUUAACCGCGAUGCUUAUGUUCGCUGCAACCCUUAUUGGCCCACGUAAAUCCGGCUACGCGAUUUAUUUUUUGUCCGCUGCUCGGACAACAGAAAACUUUCCAUGGCAUUGCCGAGAUCGUAUGUACAUGCCCGCGUGUCCGAAUUACGCCCGGACAGAAGUUGUCGACUUGGCGGAAAGUGCCCUUACGCAAGCCAUCUUCAGAACCCUAAUUUGGCCGGGUGUAGAUGCCGAUUGAAUCGAUCACUUUGGAGGCGCGUGCGGUUUAUAAACCGGAGUGCUACUUUCUGUCUACGGCGCAUCUCUACUUCUUUCUCCGCCUCUUCAUCACUAUCCACUUUCUGCCUUCUCGCCCAUUUCUAUCUCAAUGGCUUCUUCCUCUCACAAGGCUCCCGCCACAAAAUUCGUUCUUCCCGACCUCGUUUCGCACUGCGACUUCCCGCUUCGCGUCAGCCGCCAUCGCAAGCAAGUGACCGGCGAGACAAAGCAGUGGCUUUUCAAAGGCGACAACCUCACCAACCCCAAAAUCCGCGAGCGCUUCCAUGGACUCAAGUGCGGAACCCUUACAGCGAUGUGCUAUCCGGACGCUGGCUGCCCGCAAUUGCGCGUGUGCAAUGACUUUCUCACCUACCUCUUCCACCUCGACAACCUUUCGGAUGAUAUGGACACCCAUGGAACGCAGACGACAGCCGACACUGUGCUGAAUGCUCUCUAUCACCCUCACACCGACCGGUCCCAAGCGCGUGUUGCGAAGAUGACGAGAGACUAUUACAAGCGGAUGGUCGCCACCGCGUCUCCCGGCACACAGCGUCGGUUCAUCGAGACGUUCGACUUUUUCUUCCAGAGCGUGACACAGCAAGCCAUGGAUCGUGAUGCAGGUGUUAUCCCUGAUCUCGAGUCAUACAUUGCCCUGAGAAGAGACACAUCUGGUUGCAAACCAUCUUUUGCCCUGAUCGAAUAUGCCAACAACUUGGACAUUCCGGACGAAGUGAUGGAGCAUCCGCUGCUCAUGAGUCUGACAGAAGCUGCCAACGACCUGGUGACCUGGUCGAAUGACAUCUUCUCCUACAACGUGGAACAGUCCAAGGGCGACACGCACAACAUGAUUCCUGUCGUCAUGAGCGAGCAGGGUCUUGAUCUGCAAGCGGCCAUCGACUUCGUGGGCGACAUGUGCAAAGGAUCGAUUGACCGUUUCAACGAGGAUCGUGCGCAGCUGCCAUCCUGGGGCGAGAAGGUUGACAGGGAUGUGGCGGUGUACGUUGAUGGGCUUGCUGACUGGAUUGUUGGGUGCGUCCUUGUGUGCUAUCCGGUCACGGCCGUGGCUAACUUUGCAUGGGCAGUUCUCUGCACUGGUCGUUCACCACCACGCGUUACUUUGGGAAGACUGGCUCGGCAAUCAAAGCCAGUCGUGUUGUGGACUUGCUUCCCUCCCGGGUAUGAUCUAAUCCAGGUGCGUCUGCGGCCAUUUAGGAUGCCGGCCUCGUUGCUUAUUUCAUUUCCUUGUUCUUGCCCAGCUCCGCGUCGGCAACUUCCCUCUCAAUAUCGAUUAUCGCGGGGACAGUUUUGGCUCGAUUGAGCUGCCGUCGCCCGCUGUAGCACCACAUUCCCGUCUUCUCCGCAUGGACAAGCACGCCCAAAAACCGCCUACAACUUAUCUUACUUAACUGUAUCUCAUCCCGAACUUUUCCGCAUUCCAGACGUGUAUUGUCUACAAACCCUUACUUUCCUUGUUUGCUUACCUAGUACUACCACCACCCCUCUUUAGUCAUCCCUCACCUAGAUUAUCUCUUAUUCACUCCUUAUAGCGUAGAUUCGCAUAAAGUUGUCUACCUAUCUUACAAUGGAAUUAUGUAUUCAGCAUUUCCG